CAUCCCUCCGGCUGCGGCGAGGGGAGCAGAGCUGCUGCCACAGAUCGAGCACGCUUCUGGAGGGAAAAAUACCGCUUUGGUUUGGCAUCUAAUUAGAUAUUUACCAGGAAGGAAGGAAAGUUAAAAAUAGGGUGACAGUGACUUCAAAGGGUGUUUUUGACUUCUAAGAAUAACACCUUUGCUGGCGCUGAUUUCAGAAAUAUCAGCUGUGCCUGGGUGUGGAAGACAGAGGAGCCAAGGGAGCAAACCCAGGGCUCCCGGCCGCCGGCCCGGCCUCGCGGGAGCGGCUAAGGAGGGGACGUUUGCAUCGCUGCGAGGGCCCGCAGAGAUCCAAACUGCGCCCGUGGGGACGCAGCAGAGGGAAUCUGGGCAAGAUGAAGCCACCGGUGCCCCGGUGUGGGUGGGAGGGGACGUGUGGCACCAUGGGGACCCCCUCCCCGCGGGCAGUGCUGGUGCUCGCCGCGGCACUGGCGGGGCUCUCGGCUCCCCGAGCAGCACACGGGCAGCCCAACUUCAUCGUCAUCCUGGCGGAUGAUGUGGGCUGGGGGGAUCUUGGGGCCAACUGGGCAGAGACGAAGGAGACCCCGCACUUGGAUGAGAUUAAAGCCCCCAGAGCUGCGGGUGCCUCGUGGGCGAUGGCUGGCGGUUACCGUAGCGGCAUUAACUCUGAAACGAUGUUCUGUGGCUUCCACGCAGGCAAGUGGCACCUGGGACACCACGGCCACCAUCACCCCAGCUUCCGCGGCUUCGACUAUUACUUCGGCAUCCCCUACAGCCAUGACAUGGGCUGCACGGACACCCCUGGCUACAACCUGCCGCCCUGUCCGCCCUGCCCACGGCACAGCGCGGCUGCCAGGGUGGCGAGAAAGGACUGUUACACGGAGGUGGCCCUCCCUCUCUUUGAGAAUGUCACCAUUGUCCAGCAGCCCGUCAACCUGAGCAGCCUGGCAGCACGCUACGCGGAGGAGGCAGCACGGUUCAUCCGGCGGGCGAGCGGCAGCGGACGCCCCUUCUUCCUCUACCUGGCACUGGCCCCUAUGCACGUCCCGCUGGAGGGCCCCCCCCCGCCCCCCGCCUCGGGGAGGGGUGACAACGGCCCCUGGGCACAGAAGUGCGAGCUGGCGGGGUGCCUGGGGCCAUUCCUGGGGGCCUGGCAGAGGCAGCGAGGCGGGAGCUCGGCAAAGCAGACGACGUGGGAAGGAGGGCACCGGGUGCCGGCGCUGGCGUACUGGCCCGGCCGCAUCCCGGCCAAGCGGACGAGCCCCGCUCUGCUCAGCACCCUGGACAUCUUCCCUACGCUGGUGGCCCUGGCUGGGGCGGCGCUUCCCCCCAACAGGCGCUUUGACGGCUUGGACGUGUCCCCGGUUCUCUUCGGGUGGUCGGACGUGGGGCACAAGGUUCUGCUCCACCCCAACAGUGGGGCAGCUGGGAAGGACGGCGAGAUAGCGGCGCUACGGCUGGCUCAGUACAAGGCGUUUUACACCACAGGAGGAGCGAUGGCUUGCGAUGGGAGCAUUGGGCCAGCUGAGCAUCACCAGCCACCCCUCAUUUUCAAUCUGGAUCGCGAUAUCCAGGAGCAGGAGCCUUUGGACGUGGCAUCCAGGGAGUAUCAGGCAGUGCUACCUGCAAUCAGCAGGGCGUACGCCCAAGCUCUGGAGGACAUCGCAACAGACAACGUCUCGCUUGCAGAUUACUCCCAAGACCCGGCUGUCACCCCCUGCUGCAACGCAGAGCACGUGGCCUGCCGAUGCCGAGCGCCCGGCUCUCGCGCAGCCGCGCUGGGCCAUCGCGCGGAACAAAGAGCAACGCGGCUUUGCCUUUAAGCAAAUAAUUGCUCAGGCUGCUCCUUUCCCAAGUCUGGGGGUGUUCAGCCUGGAGAAGAGGAGGC